AUUAAAGUAACCCCAACAGCAAAAAGCUAAAGAAACAGCUACAGGAAGGAAGGAAAGAGUGAAUGAGUGUAAAGAUUAAAGAAUCAUGUGAGAUGAGCCACCCUCUCUCCCGCCGAAUCAAAAAGCCAUGAACUUUGUGCAUAUCCCAACACCCCAACCACAACGCUUCUUUUUCUUUUCAUUUUCUAUGUGUGGAUUUUAGCUCUCUGAGUAUUUUCUUUGGCUUCCAAUGGCUUCAAGCGCUUCAAGGUUCAUCAAGUGUGUGACUGUGGGAGAUGGGGCUGUGGGGAAGACCUGUAUGCUUAUUUGCUACACCAGCAACAAGUUUCCCACUGACUAUAUACCAACUGUGUUUGACAACUUCAGUGCAAAUGUGGUGGUUGAAGGCACCACUGUGAACUUAGGCUUAUGGGACACUGCUGGGCAAGAGGAUUACAAUCGGUUGAGGCCAUUGAGCUACAGAGGGGCAGAUGUCUUUGUCUUGGCUUUCUCAUUAGUUAGCCGUGCGAGCUAUGAGAAUGUAUUGAAAAAGUGGAUCCCUGAACUCCAGCAUUAUGCUCCCGGAGUGCCGGUAGUACUUGCCGGCACGAAAUUAGAUCUUCGAGAGGAUAAGCACUAUUUGGCUGAUCACCCGGGGUUGGUACCUGUGACCACUGCACAGGGUGAAGAGCUGCGCAAACAGAUUGGUGCUUCUUUUUAUAUAGAAUGCAGCUCAAAAACCCAACAGAAUGUGAAAGCAGUUUUCGAUGCUGCGAUCAGGGUGGUUAUCAAGCCGCCGCAGAAGCAGAAGGAAAAGAAGAAAAAGCAACCUCGGGGAUGCCUAGUCAACAUCCUUUGCGGGAGGAGGCUAGUGUGCCUCAAGUGAAAACUUUCCUCUUCCGUUUUGAUCGCGAUUCGCGUCGCGCUAGUGCCAGUUAAAGCUUCCUUCACCAUCAGGCCGUCGAGGAUCCCGUGCAUUUGGUUAUGCACGGAAUCCAUCUGAACAUACCGGCUUCUAUCGUUCUACUAAUUUCGUAUUACGCGAUAGGUACCAUGAAAACAGAAUGCCAUUGUAACACCGAUAGUUUUUAUCAAGCUCGGCCUUAUGUUUGCAGAUGCUACUUUAUUUGUAAAGUUAUUGUGUGCAAAAAUGAUGUAUUUGGUUAGAUGAAAUUUCUCGAAGCUACUUGGAGAAAUCCUUAUAUCAAGCAUGCAUUACGAG